AUGAUGGGAUCCCAACUCCCCCACGGCAUUGCAUCUGUGGUCGCUGGUGUGCUGUUUUACAGCUUCAUCAACUUGUUCGCCGUUCUUGUUGUCAUCUGGUUGACAUGGGGACAUAACGAAAGACUGACUUACGUUGCUUGCCUAUCGUACCUCGUCUGUCUUGCCAUUGUCGCAUCAAUAAUACAGCAAUUUCACGACGCACUGUACUGGAAAGAUGUCGUCGAGACGCAGUUUAAGAACUUGAAGCUACACCCGGACAAUUCACAGCUGGUUAUCGCCAACAGUCCGGCUGGUCUCGACCUGGGACUGUUUUACAUCCAAUUCUAUGUGUAUAACUCAGCGUCCCUCUUGGCCAUGUCUUGGUCGAUUCAGCUAUCGCAAAAAGUGUUUGGCCUGGCAAAAAGCGAACGUUCGAGGCGGGCAUUCAGCCAGAUUGACCACUUUGGAAAGGCCUUCGCGCUUGCCUUUCCCAUCAUUACAAUCUCAUGUCUCAGUGUGAAGGCCGUCAAAAAAAAUCGUAUAGGUUUCAUCAUAUUGGCCGACAUCCCUAAGGGCGAGUACCUUGACGCGACCGGGAAACAAAGCUCCGAGGCUUACAAACUUAUCACCAGCCCAUCCGGUAUCACCAUCAUCGGCGCAUCACCGCUUGGCGUUUGGUGGGGAACACGGACCAUCCUCCAGCAAGCACUACUCUCGCUUGCCGAGUCGGGCGUGCCAUCCAUUCCGUAUGGGUCCGGUCUCGACAUCCCCGGAUGGGCCAUACGCGGAAUGAUGCUCGACGAGGGCCGGCACUAUCAUCCACCCGAGUUCAUUAUCGAGCUGUGUAGCUACAUGUCCUUCUUUAAACAGAACACUCUUCAACUGCAUCUGAGCGACAACUUGUACCACAAUCCGAACUACACAGAAGAGCAAUCAAACGAACUGUACGCGCGAUUCCGGUUAUGGAGUGAGGAAUCUGCUGUGGCAGGGCUCAAUCUUCAUGCGAAUGAAUCCUACGAUCGAGCAACUUUCGAUACCAUCCAGACAAAGUGUGCAUCGCGCGGUGUGACCGUCAUCCCGGAGAUCGAGGCUCCCGGGCAUGCUCUUGUGAUUACUCAAUGGAAGCCCGAGCUUGGCCUAGACACAGACUCCAGUCAGUUGAAUAUCUCGCACCCAGAGGCUAUCCCGACCAUGAAGACUAUCUGGGAGACCUUCCUCCCAUGGUUCCACCUGAAGACUGUUUCUAUCGGCGCGGACGAAUACAAAGGCCCCGAGGCUGCCUACAACAACUUUGUAAACUCCAUGGACGGAUUUAUUGACAACUCGACCUGGACAAACGUAUACCAGAACGUGUCUGUACAACAUUGGUACUACGGCGCAGAUAAUCCUUACACCGACUACAUCCUAAACAACUACUCCGUGGUCAAUUCGAACGACGAUUUCUACGUUGUGAACAAAUGGUCACACCCAGGAGGCUACCCCAACGCUGUCAAUUUAACAAGGACUUUUCACGGCUCUCCAGACGGCACCUACUGGAGGCCCAACAUUUUUGACCAGAAGAAUGCAUCGGAUAACCCAGUUUUGUCAAGCCCAUAUGUACUGGGCUCUAUCGUGCCGUUAUGGAACGAUUACGGGGCUAACGCAUCCGUGUAUUCCGAGGCUUACUAUGCCUGGCGUGAGGGCAUUCCCGCACUUGCUGACAAACAAUGGGGAGGGAACGUGAGCGAGGCAAACUUUACGGGUCUCUUUGCCGCAUUGCAGCCCAAAACGCCUGGGCAAAAUCUGGAGCGCACAAUUCCCUCCAAGUCUGAUACGAUCUUCAACUACGAGCUCGAUGGCCUUCGAAACUCGAGCUUCAUCCCCGACAGUUCCCCUAACAAUUACACAGCUCAUACAACCUGUACUGUUGGCAAAGACGGUUCGAUGACAGCACUUGCUGUCUCGGAAAGCCGCAGUGUCACAACUCCGCUAGACUCCAAGGGUCGCAACUACACCUUGUCACUAUCGCUACGUGUUGAUUCGCUGACAGACCCGACCAAUGCAACGCUCUUAACUGGACGAGAUUCCAUCCUCAUGCUUACGCCGAACAUCACUCUGUUUGCCGGUGGUAACUACUUUCGUCUGAAUGCUACGGUACCCCAGGGUGAAUGGUUUCGACUGGAUUUGGUCGGGCGUGGAAACCGUACGUUUGCAGCUCUGAACGGUGGCGCAGAAAUGCAAUUCCUCACGAUUAUGGGCAUAAAUGGGGUGUAUCACCACUGGGCUGAAAUCGCCAUCGAAGCACCGCUGAGAAAACUGGGGGGCUCAAACUGCAACUGGACCGGGCUGUUCGGUGGGAUGUCUUUGAAGUCGACAGCUUAA